CCAAAAUUCCCUCCAAGGCCAAGGGAACCGCCCGCCUCCACCACCUCCUCUCGUCUUUUCGCUCUAGAAGUAAUACUCUCCGGCUAAAGUCCGUUAUUGUUAACCCCCUCUUGCUGUCGAAGGCCAACUCCCUGUUUAAUGCUCCAAUAAUCAAAGCUUUUACUUUGAUAAACAAAAGGUCUUGCUAAAGUUAGUUGGCAAUUCCAGCAAACCCAGAAAACAGCUAAGAAAGUUGAGACUUUUUUUCGAUUCAAUUCAAGGUACGACAGCUUCUCACGCUCCAUGAGAAUUUGGGUAUUUUGUAGAUAACUGGCCUUGUUGGCAAUAUAGCUGUGGUAAAUACAGACUCUUUAGGAUGUUGUCGAUGGAACUGGAGAACAAAGUAUCGUUCAAAAGAUGCAUUCGUGAAGGAGAUUUGGUUAUUGUAUAUGAGAGGCAUGACAACAUGAAGGCUGUGAAAGUUUGUGAAAAUGGAGUUCUCCAAAAUCGUUUUGGCGUUUUCAAACAUUCAGAUUGGAUAGGGAAACCAUUUGGGUCUAAAGUGUUCAGUAAUAAAGGUGGAUUCAUUUAUUUGUUAGCACCUACCGCAGAGCUGUGGACUUUAGUUCUAAGCCACAGAACUCAGAUUCUUUAUGUCGCUGAUAUUAGCUUUGUUAUUAUGUAUCUGGAGAUUAUUCCUGGUUGUUUGGUUCUUGAAUCCGGUACUGGAAGUGGAUCUUUAACUACCUCACUUGCAAGAGCUGUAGCACCCACUGGGCAUGUCUACACAUUUGAUUUUCAUGACCAAAGGGCUUCCUCAGCCAGGGAGGAUUUUGAAAAAACAGGAUUGAGCAGUUUAGUAACAGUGGGAGUCAGAGAUAUUCAGGGUGAAGGAUUUCCCGAUGAAUUUAUUGGGCAGGCAGAUUCAGUUUUUCUUGACCUACCUCAGCCAUGGCUUGCCAUUCCUUCUGCUGGGAAGAUGUUGAAAGAAGAUGGGGUCUUGUGUUCCUUCUCACCAUGCAUUGAACAAGUACAACGAUCAUGUGAAACACUAAAAUCAUGUUUUACUGAUAUAAGAACUUUCGAGAUACUUCUCCGGUCUUAUGAAGUUCGAGAAGAAAGGUUAGAAAGCUGGGAGAAUCAUGCAGGUGGUUCUCUUGGGUCUCGUAAAAGAAGGCAGCGUUCCACUGAUGGAAGCAAUGGAGUUGAAGCUUCCGUUUCUGCCACGAUCGUGGCCAGGCCUUCCAGUGAAGGGAGAGGACAUACUGGCUAUUUGACGUUCGCUAGACUCCGGUGUGUCAUCUAAACUGCCCUUUUGUCAGAAAUUUUGCCAUCUUGGUCAAGUUCGUUCGGUCCAUUCUUAUUUCUUGGAUGUUCGUCUGGUUGAUGGUAACAUCUGAUUCAGCAGCAGCUUUUAGACUGUAGGUUUUCCAUUCUGUAGCAAGCAAGGAUUUUUGCUAGCUACUUCUUGUCGGCACUUAACAAAGAUUUCAUGAAAUUUUGUUCGAAAAGUGCAGUAGGUUGCCCCAGAGUAAAUCUGUGGCCAAAAAUAUGUUUGUUACCUAGAUUGUUUGAAAUUUUGUUGCGUUUAGUAUAAUAGGAGCUUCUAUGAGAAGAAAUUACAAGUUUCAAACUCGGAGACAUAAAUGAAGUUGUGUAAUUACGUGGUAACAUAUAAUUUUCAUAAUGCGGUCUUAUUAGAUGAUUCCCAUACUGCAUUUAGAAUUGAAGCCUUCCAGUCCCAAGUUGACUGGUGGAAACUGGGGAUGACUAGUACAUAAACGAUGAGAGAAACAUUUUGCAUUGACUACCCCCCGUCAACCAUGUAUAUCACCUGUUUCUUGAA